CCCGGAGCCCACGCUUUGAUCCUUGACAUUCCAUUAUGACAUCACCAUCAUUCUGUCAAAGGACGCGCGCGCAAAACAAUCCCCAGAUUAGCUGGAAUCGCGCUGUGACACGCGCUCAAGAAGCAUUUGUCUUCAGUGAAAGAGACGAAACUGAAUCAAGUUUGGCAGGAGGCAGACUCAACGCUUCUCCUGAAACCUUAUUUGUGCUUGAAUUAACGCUGUUAAUCAUGGAUGCGUCCCUCUUUCAGUUCUUCAUAGAGGAAUUCGGCGACUCCAACUGUACUCUUAUUGAUGCUUUCCAGCGCACUUUAUACGAGAAUUCAUCUUUCGCGUCGAUGAGCGUCGAUGGUAUCUAUUGUAACUCCACCACGGAUGAAAUUGGAACUUGUUGGCCAAGAAGCAACUCUGGACGAAUAAUUGAGCGACCGUGUCCGGAGUACAUUAACGGCGUCAAAUACAACACCACGAGUCCUACUCGUCCCGCUCUGCGCAGGCCUUGAACCCGGGUCUCCGGCGUGGGAGUCGGACGCUCAAGGAGGCUAAAGGCUGAAACCGCUAGUGUCAGUCGCUAGAGCAUCUCUUGAGAUCAGAGGAGUGAGGUUUACUCACACAGUGACUAUUAGCUGGCCUCCGUUAAAUAUUAAUAGAAUGUUUCUAGCAGUAAUUCAUCAAGUGAUGAUCAAAUGAUGGAGAAGAGUGUUAUAAACUGGACAAUGUGUUUGUAGCAUUACUCAUGCAUUAUUCCUUUAGUGAACUAAUACAGCACAGACAGCACAUGCCAAUAAACGUGUGCUGCUAAACAAGGAAGCGUGUCUGUACAUUUUUAUAUGCCUGUCUUCUGUACAUAGGGAACAGUAGAGUAGUUGAAUGGUGACUCAGACUCCUCACGUCCUCCUGCAUCCCUCACACAGCCUGUUUCUGUCCACACUUGCUUGCUGAAGAGG